CACCCCCGCCGUCCCCUUUUGACUCAAAACGUAACUUCUCCAGUGCGUACACACACACACACACACACACACUUUUGACUUGAACUCUUUUGCAAUGUCGCUUUUCUCUUUCCCUCGCUUUCAUCUCACGCUUUCCAGUACCACGUUGACCCUUUAAAGGUGUGUUACUCCGCCUGCUCCAUCUGUAUCUCUCUUUCACUCUCUUUUUCUCUCUCUUUCUUUUUAUUUUACACCGCCGUUUAUUUAUUUCUUUUCUCUCUUUUUCGAUAGCUAUAAUAGUUGCACAUAUCACAAUAAAACUACACAAACGCACUGAUCAUGGCGAACGGAAUUGAUCAACACCAGUUACCCACCGAACAGCAACUGCUUCCCUUGGACUCAGAACAAGGAAAGAUAAGCGAAAAGCCGGCACCCGACCUCACUCCACCGCCACAGUCGCCACCGCCGCACGAUGAAUUGAUGCAAGAAGCACAACAACCGCCAUCAUCACCAUCAUCACCUCCACCUCGACCACAAUCAGAACGACCUUCAGAACCAUCUCCAAAACCACAACAAGAGCAGCAGCAGCAGCAGCAGCCACAACAACAACCAGAACAUCAGCAGUCAAAGUCUUUAGUUGAUGAAGAUGUUACAAUGACGCCUGUUGAAGACCUUACUGCACCUGCUGAACCUGCUUCUUCCACUGUUGGUGACGUUGCAGCGAAGGACACCACCACCACCACCACCACUAUUAAUAACAAUAAUAACGGCAUACCUUCUACGCCUACCAACAGUAGCACCAACCAUGAACCUACCACUCCCUCAUCGCCACAAACACAGAAACUCAAGAAAAAGGCCAGAACCGCAUCGCCUACCCCUUCGUUAUCGCAGCAAACCAAUACCAACAUGUCACGCGACCAGAUCAAAUACAGCGGUGCCAUCAUGCGCAAUCUCAAAAAACACAGAGAUGCCGCUCCCUUUCUCAAUCCUGUCGAUUAUGUCAAACUGAACGUUCCAGACUACCCCAAGAUCGUCAAGCAUCCCAUGGACCUGAACACGGUCGACCGCAAGCUCACCGGUGGCGAUUAUGAAAAUGUGGAGGAUUUUAUUGCUGAUGUGCGUUUGGUGUUUAGCAAUUGUUACAAGUUUAAUGGUCCUGAAGCAAUGAUCUCGAUGCUUUGUCAAAAUGUGGAGUCUGCUUUUGAAAAGAGUCUUCGACAGAUGCCGAUAUCAAAAGAGCCGUUAUCGCCACGACCCAGUCCAAUGGCCGAUGGAAAAGAAACAAAGUCAAAGCAAAAGCGAGCCCAUUCUCCCACACAGACCAUGCGUCGUAUAUCCGAAGACGGACGGCCCAAACGAGAGAUCCACCCGCCGCCAUCCAAGGACUAUCCUGAACCCAUGACCAAGCGCCGCAACCCACGAAAGAACGAUGCACAAAUGAAGUUCUGCACCCAGGUGCUCAGGGAACUGCGCAAAUCAAAGUAUAGAAACAUCAACUACCCGUUCCUUCACCCCGUUGACAUUGUCGCCCUCAACAUUCCCGAUUACCCGUCGAUUGUAAAGCAUCCCAUGGACAUGUCCACCAUCGAACGCAAGUUGGAGGAGGGCGACUAUGAAAACGCUGACGAAUUCGAACAAGACAUACGGUUGAUGUUCCAGAACUGUUACCUGUACAACCCGCCGGUCACACCUGUACACAAGAUGGGCAAGGAGCUGGAGAAGGUCUUUGAUGAAAAGUGGAAGCAAAAGCCCGAGCCUGCUCCUCCAGAGCCAGAGCGACGCCCUCCUCCCCCUCCCCCUCAGCCAGUGAGAGAGGUGUUUGAGGAAGAGGCGGAAUCGGAAGAGGAUGAACGUGACUCAAGGAUCGCUGAACUGGAACGUACAAUUGCCACAAUCACACAACAAAUCCAAUCUAUAAAAUCUACUAAGCCCAAGAAGAAAGCCGAACGAGGCACAACCAAGUCUGCUCGCGGUGGACGGCCGGCACAGCCCAAAGAGAAAAAGACACCUGCAUCUGGCGAGAAACGUCGACGUCGACCCGUCCAGCGCAAGGAACCGGAGCUGCCAGAGUUUACAUUCGAGCAAAAGAAGGAUCUCAGUGAACGCAUCAACAAUCUGACCGGUGACAAGCUGAAUACUGUGGUGAACAUUAUCCAAAGUUCUAUGCCUAAUCUGGAUGGACAAGGACAAGAGGAAAUAGUACUGGAUAUUGAUUCACUUGACCGUCGGACCCUAUACCGCUUGCAUGAAUUUGUCACAGGCAAGAGCAUGCUGCCAAAGAAGCCGACCCAGACAAAGCGAGCACGGACACACUAUUCCGAGCAAGACGCUAACCGCAAAAUUAAGGAGCUUGAGCGGACACUUGAGAAAUUUGACAGUUCAGAUGCUCCAGGAGGUGCCGGUGAUCCUGUCAAUGCGGGUUCUGCUAGUGGCGGCCGUGGUCGCGGAAGCGGCAGCGGUGGCCAGCACUCGUCAAGCGAAAGUGAAUCAGAAAGUUCGUCAGGAUCAGACUCGGACGACUCAGGAAGCAGCUCUGAUCAGAUGUAGAUACCAUCCCACUCAACAACAAUAACAACAACAACAACACAUCCGUUGCUUAAAGAAGAGAAAAAAGCAAAUACACACACAUAUUCAAGCACUUAUUCACCACGCGCUCUCACACCUCGCAACUACUAUCCACUACUAUCACCACUACCACCACCUGUCUCUUCCAUCUACACAUACUUUUUUUUCUUUUUCGUCUUUCUACUACCUUUCUCUCUCAUUCUCUCUCUUGAGUUUUCUCUCCUAUCGUUCUUUUUUAUAUUUCUUCUAUCUCGGCCAAGUUUACCCGUCUACUCAUUUGCUCUUUCUAACAGAUUGGAGAAAAACUCAAACCCCAAUAAAGAAACAAAAAAAAAGAAAUCAAAAAGACAAAAGAAAUAUA